GCGUGUUACAGACCCAAACAUGCACUCAUGUACACAGAUGUUCAUGUCAUUUUUCCUCUGUAAUUGUAUGAAGUAGCAUGCUUCAUGCACGCCUGUUAGCACUUGUCAAAGGUGAGCUAGUGAGGCAGAGAUGAGUCUGACUUCCUGGUUCCUGGUGAGCGGCGGGGGGACGCGUCACCGUCUCCCCAGGGAGAUGAUCUUUGUGGGGAGGGACGACUGUGAGCUCAUGCUGCAGUCCCGCAGUGUGGACAAACAGCAUGCCGUCAUCAACUAUGAGCCGAAUAGAGACGAACAUAAAGUUAAAGACCUGGGCAGCCUAAAUGGGACAUUUGUCAAUGAUGUCAGAAUCCAGGAGCAAAUCUAUGUCACGCUGAAAAUGAAUGACAAAUUAAGGUUUGGAUAUGAUACCAACCUGUUCACUGUGGUUCGAGGGGAGAUGCAUAUUCCAGAGGAGGCCCUUAAGCAUGAGAAGUUCAGCAGCCAGCUUCAGCUGAGCCAGAAGAAACCUCCAGACGGUGAAUCAUCUAAAUCUGAGGGGAAACCUUCCGAGGCUGCAGCAGCACAAGUGUGCGAAGGGGCCGCCAAGCCCCCGGAGGCCAGCAGGGUGGACGAUAAGACGACAGGGGACCUAGCAGUGUUGCACAGAGGCACGCCCCUCUAUGGCCAGCCCGCCUGGUGGGGAGAUGGAGAUGCUGAUGACCAGCAACCAGGGAGACCUGAGGAAAAGAGCUCAGAUCGGAAGCAAGAAAAAGUUGAAACGGACAGCAAGAAAAGCACAGAGGCCCCAAAGUCUACUUCCAAUCAGGAGCCUAGCUACUUCGAGAUCCCAACCAAGGAUACUCCAUCAACAGGUAAAGUGAGUGGUGAAGCCCCCUCACAAGAGCAAGAGGCUGGUGCGUCUUCUGGUGCAGAGCCCACCCAUGGCCAUGCCUCCUUCACCAUUGAGUUUGACCCUGGGGCUACAGGUAAAGCGACCGUCAAAGAUCGAGUGGCAAAGGUGGGACCGGAGACCAGGCCACGUCCUAAAAGGGCUGUCGGAGAGGAGCUGAGUCCACUUCAGACAGCCAUGGUAGCAGCGGAGGUCAAAGUUGCCGACUGGCUGGCUCAGAAUGAGCUGCCGUUGGCUCUGAAAGACACUGUAGCAGAGGAUGACGGGGAAAGUGUGAAGAGUGAUGUGCCUGUACAACUGAAGAGUCUUAAAGGCAGUAAACAUGAGGACGGUACUCAGAGUGACUCAGAGAACGCACUUGGAGAGCAACGCAGGGCUGCAACAAUGGAGGAACACUCAUGGGGACUUUGGGGCGGUGCAGGGAUGAAGAUCAGAGAGGGUCGUGCUAACGUACCAGAGGGGCUCUUUGCAGAGGAGGACAGUCCUGCUCGUCGUCGCAAGUCUUCGACUUCCAAAGUGGCAAGUGGAUUUGUUGAGAGGCGACGUGGCUCUGCACCACAUCAGCAGAGUGGCCGUGAUGAGUGCUAUCACCACAGGGAUGAUUAUAGUGACAGAGGGACCUAUACCAUUGAGCUGGAGAAUGGAGAUCAGGAAGAGGAAGAGGCUAGGAAAAUGAUUGACAAGGUGUUUGGUGUGGAUGAGCAGCAGGCUGUGUGUGUGUCCAGAGUGGGGGUAGCUGACCAAAGAGAGAGGUUUACCUCCCAGAGGUCUGGUACCGGAGACAGAGGAAAGCCUGGACGCAUGGAGACAGAGGUACUACCUGAGGAAUUGAUGGUUGGUGGUCCUCGCUGGGUCUCACAGUGGGCUACUCUAGCUGCCAGUCACAUUAGGACAGACCCUGAGGGGUCAGGAGGGGAAAGUCACAUCAUGGUCACAGAGGACAGAGCUGAAAUAAGUGAGUCCAGCCACUCAAUCUCAGAGCGUAAGAGGAGAACUCUACCCCAGCUGCCUGGUGAGGAGCUCAUUCUAGGUAGGAGGACCCCAGGCUCAGGCCUACGUACAGAUAUGGGAGAGAAACAGGACACAGAGCUACAGGAGAAGGAGAACCAGGGGGAGAAAAUUGCCAGGGGAAAGAAUCGGCCUGGUCAUGGCACUGGAGGUGUGGGCAGUCAUGGCGGUAGCCCAAGCCGCUCUUCACCCGCCAAGUCGCAGGACAGUGGUGGCGGAAGAUCAGGCCAGUCAGGUGUGUUGACUAAGCUCCCCCCUCGUCCGCUGACCAGUGGGGAGAAAAGAAUGGAGGAGGCACGGAGGAGGAAAAAGGAAGAAGAGAAGUCUAGGGAAAGUAGUGGGAAACCAUUGCUGAGGCAGGAGAGUUUUACUGUGGAGAAACCGAGCUCCAACGUGCCCAUUGAGCUCAUACCUCGCAUCGAUGGUCUCACACACAGCAGAACUCAGAGCAGGGAGUCUGGCAUUGACAGCACCACACUGCAGAAAGACUCAGAAGCUGUGGCAGCCUUUUUAGAGACGACCAUAUCAGACCAAGGUGAUCCACCAAGUCAGUCCAUUGAGGGCUCCAUGUCACCAGAGUCAGAUGUGGAUACGACCAGCACAGUAAGCCAGGCUGAUGGAGCGAGAAAAGUAGUCCAGAAACGUCGGACUCUUGCAGGACAGCUGAAGGAGAGAACAGUAGUUUGCUCAUCCAGCAAAGGCCCCGCUGCAGCCCGAGAGACCCAGGAAAGGAGGGUCAAAACCAGGGCAUCUGGUCCUCCACAGCCCAGCCGCCCCUGGACUUCCCAGGACCUCACUGAUGAUGAUGUAAACUCCAACUCACUCCUCUCUGACUCCCAGCCCACCUCUACACAGGAAUCUAGAAGUUCACAUGCCAGAGUCCAGACUGGGUGCCCAACAGUGGGGGCUAGCACUAAGUCUAGUCGGGCUAAAAUCACCCAGGCCCCAGCUACUUCUGCAGCCAGUAAAACCACCAGUGUUACCAAGCCCAGGCCCACCAGGGCAUCCCUGCUGCGGCGAGCCCGGCUGGGGGACUCAUCAGACACCGAACCUGCGGAUUUUGACCGGAUGUCGGUAGCCUCCGAGGCCUCCACUGCUAGUUCCACAUCCAGGACGGGCUUGGCAAGAAGGGGGAUGUCCAGGAUAGAGGCUCUGGCACAGCCAAGGAGGCCGAGGGUGGGCUCACCGUCAGCCCAAAGUGACUCAGAGGCCACUGUGACAAGGAGUAGAGGUCUGGGGGCACGAAGUGCUGCAGGUGAUUAUGCCAUCAGACAAGGACCGAGAGGGUCUAAUGUGACUUCAUUGUCGGGACCCAGAGCUAGGGCUAACAGCGCCUCCAAGCUGCCUGACAAGAAUAAAGGCACCGCCUCCUAUGGACAUGCCACACCUGGGUCUGGCACUCGGUGGCGCCGCGUCCCUGUGGAGUAUGCUUCCACCUCAGAGGACGAGUAUGGCUCAAACCGCCACAUAUCCAAACAGGGCCACACACGGCCAUUCCCUUCAACUCGGGUAGCCCAGCUAGGAGGUUCAGCCCCAGCAACUCCUAAUCCUGCAGGCCUUGCUACCGUGAAGCAGCACUCCAGGGAACAGGACGAGUAUAUGAGAGACUGGACAGCACACAGUGAGGAAAUAGCCAGGAUUAGCCAAGACCUAGCCAAAGACCUUGCCAUGCUUGCCAGAGAAAUUCAUGAUGUAGCAGGAGAGAUCGACUCAGUCAGCCCUGCAGCUACUGACCCUGGAACUCUGUUGGAGGAGCGUGUAUUUGAUGAGAGCUUGGAUAUGGGCGGUCCUUCUACAGAGCACGGUAGCAUCAUGGGAACCAAUGGGCGGUCUGUGGAGCUUCGACCCCGAGGCUCCAGUGGACAGAGCUCCCGCUCGAUCCGCAGACAGACAUGGAAUAGAGAUGAUGCGGUGCUAGACAGCUUACUGCUAGCAUCUGUGACUCAACUCUCCACAAGGAUACGUCAGUCUGUUGACAAAACAACUUGCAAAAUCAGGAUCCUCUUCAAGGAUAAAGAACAAAAAUGGGAAGAGAUUGAGAACAAACUGCAGGCAGAGCAUGACUCCUUACUACUCAAGAGCUCCAAUAAGGAGAUAUCAACCAUUAUUCAAGACUUAAAAAGAGUGGAAAGACAACUUCUUGUAAUCGACAUUAUGGUGGACCCAGACGGCACCCUGGAUGCUCUGUCCAAUCUGGGCAUGACCAGCCCUCUGACUGACCAGAAGAUCAGCCCUGGGCCGCAGCAGGGGGUGUCGGUGUUGCACCCUGGAGCUGAUUCUUCCUCCACCACACUCUCUUCCGCCAGGCCUGAAGGACUGGCCACUGAACCUUGUGGACUCUCAGAUCAUGGACCGGUGACAGGGCAAGACCCACGGCCCGAACAGAGCUCUAGAUCCUACAACUGAUACACCAAGGACAUAAUUCAUAAUGCAGAAAGUGCUGUGAGGUUAGAAGAUUUUAUGUAAGUAUUUGGUUUCAGAUGAAGGAGGAAAGAUAGGAGGAGAAUGAUGCCUAUUCCGUGGGAAAGCCUGACUGCCUGACUGCCCUAACUGUCACUCAGACUCAAUCGUGAUAGGACUUUGUAAAAGUCAAACACUACCAAAUAGCAGCUUUUGGGGUGUCAGAUAUACAAUAUGAAAAACAUUUCAGUAUUUAUUGGUGGGUUUAUGAAGAAGCUGUGACAUAAUAUACAUUAAUCCUUCUGCAUUACAGCUCAUUCUUACUAUCCAUUAUCCUUAAUAACAAAAAAGAACAGAUGUAAAAGAUGAGAGGGUGAGAGUUUUUAAAUCAGAGCUUUUACAAAAAGUAAAAUUCAGUCUUGCUCAGUAAUUACAAGCUUUGAAAUCUUUGUGUUCCAAUCAUAAGCUUGUCAGUCAGUUGACUUAAGGCCAAUGUAGAAACCCAAACUAGAAUAAUUUUAAAAUGAAUAUAUUGUUGGCCUGCUGCAGUUGCAAUCCCCAAACGUGUCUCAGUAAUGAUUUUCCAUCAGAAAAGGCCACGUUGCUUAUUGUCUUGGAAAAGAACUGGGUAUGUACAGUAUGUACCAGUGUAAAUGUUUAUUAUAGCUAAAUGAAAAACUCCCAUCCAUGCCUUUUUUCUUGUGGCAAUGUCAUUUGAAACCAGUGUAUCAAAGAUAGACCAUGGGUUUUAAUAUAAACUAUAAAAUCAAAUGUAGCUCCCAGAAAGGUUUUCCUCUUCCAAAUGUAUUUUGUCACAAGUGCCCUGGAUCAAACAAUCAUUACAGUUGGCGAUAAGAGGUGUUACGGUGUUUUAGAAAGCUGAUAUAUGUUAAUAUUCAUCUCUGAGGGACCAGGACCUGACAUGCCCCAUGACGCUCCUUUAUCAUGUUGAUGUCCUUGACCAAAAACAAAGCAGGGUGAAUGCCAGUUGCCUGUAGAUGAAUGCUUUGUCAAAUUAUUUUGUGAUCACAAACGAAAUGUUGUGUUUGAACCAGCAUUGACAGGGGCUACCUCCACGUCCUGCAGAUAGCGAUGCAAUGGAAGGAUGGAGACUGUAAUGACUGUAGGUUUCCAAUGUCUUGCCUCAUACCAAUGUUUACACAUGAAUGUAACCUGAUCAGAGCUGUUUAAACAUUUCAGCCAAACUUUAAUAAAAGAUUAAUAAUUGCA